AUGUCUGUUUGGCAAGAUUAUUUAUUUAGUCUUGCUUAUGUUUAUCCAGCACAAGAAAUACAAUUUGAAAUAACUGAUCGAGUAUUUGAUUUAUUAAAAAUUUUAUUACAUCAUGCUAUUAAAUAUGAAUAUGGUGGAUGGCAUAUAUGGAUUGAUACACUUUCAAUAUUAUAUGGACGAAUAACUAAAGAAGAUUACUAUCGAAAAGUUAAUAAAAUUGUUGAAAGAAAACUUAGUGAUUCACAAAUUCCAAUCGAUGAACAAAAUGUUUCAACACCUACAAAAUCAACAUCUAGUCAUCAAGUAUUUAAGACAAAUCAAUUACCACCAUUUACAAUAUCUGAAUUUAAAUAUUCUCCAAUGCAUAUUCGUCUAUUACAUAGUGUUUUUGAUUCAAUCGAAGUUGAUAUUCGUUUAUGGAGAUCUUCUAGUGAUUCAACUAAAUCAAUAACUGAAGCAAUAAAUAAUCCAGAUAAUCAAAUAUUUUGUGCUAAUAUUAUACAUAUAAUAUCUUAA